AUGGAGGAGAGUAAGAAGAGGGCACAAGUUGGCACAAAAGUUUCUAAAAUUGCGAAUAUUUUCCAAGGAAUGCCAUCGAGAGACGAAGACGAUAUGCGUGGAAGCGACGUCACAGUUGUUAGAACUGAGAGCCACUUGGCGCGUUUCAAUAAUGCCCGCGCUCUCUUCGAAAAAUUGGGAGAAGAGAACAGGGCGUUUCGUAUCGAAAAAUCCCCGUCGGCGGCUGCUAGCUUUGCUGGCACUCGUGGGUUCCCACCAGUAGUGCCGGCACGAUCGCGCUCUAGCUCCGCAGGCUCUGUUAGUCCCCCGCGGCGAACUAUCACUCCGCCUGCAUCAGCUUCCGCUGUCAAUGGUAGCGACCGUCUUUCCAAUGGCGCAUCGCAGCAACCGCCAAAGCCUGCGAAACCAGUGGUUUUGCCCAAACCUGAUAAACCGGACAGACGGUUUAACAAAGAACUUAUUGAAAAGCAAAGAAAUUGGACUGCACAUUUUAACAAAACAAAAUCUUCCCGACAUGAUCACGAAAACAAAGUGGAAAAGCACCACAUUGGUUAUCAUGACAGAAAAUCGCCCGAGGUUACUGAAAGAUAUGUUGUUCCGUCACGGGUAUAUUCACCGCCUUUAUCGCCGUGUGCCGGUGAUACUCAGGUGGAGCGUCCUAGUACACUUCCUAGCACGUUCAUAAGUCGAAGCACACCUGACACGAAAUCACCUAGUCCUAUUAAAACUGUUCCUUCUGUAACGCCUACUAGAUCUAACAAUUUUGUAUCGUCUGCGAAAUCAGACACUGUGACACCUAUAAGAAGUGACAAAAUAAUUUCUCCCACGAAUACUAGCGAUCAUAGAUAUUUCCCGCGCCCUGAAUCGACAAAUAGAGUUUUUCCACGGUCACGAUCUAUUGUUUCUCCAGAAAAAGAAGACGAUAAAGACUGCUAUCGUGAAAAAGAUGGUUUGUUUUCCCCCAUUAAGACUGAUUCUUCUGUUGUGACUUCGAAGUCUUAUGAGCAGGUUUCAUCUCCAUUACUAACUUCAUCGAAACCUGUUAUUGAGCCAGCAUCCUUGCCUCGCCAUCAAAAGUCUCCACCAACACCAACUCCGAGAUCACCGAGAACACCGCCACCGAUAACUCAAGAAGAAAAUAAUAUUUGCGCCGAACUGCUGCAAACAUCUGUACAGGAAGACCUGAGUAGCCCAUUAGAAAACAAAACUAUAGAUUGCCUACCAAGUGGUGAUCAGUCGGGAAUGAAAAUAGAAUCACAGCCUGCAUUGGCUCGACCACUACCUCCUGUACCCGUACAAAAUGUUAAUGAUCAUUGGUUGCAAGAAGAACACGAAACAUCACGUAGCCCAGAGCCGUACGAAAUAGUGAUGAGUUCUCCAAAUCCUGUAACUACGAGUACAGACGAUGAUUAUGAGCCAGUGCAGUUUGUUACUAAUGUUGACGAGAAGAAUAAAGGACGUUCAUCUACUCCCAAGUCGCCGGAAUGUACAGCGAUCGCGGAGGAAGCGACUCCUUCCCAGCUUGCCUCUCCCCUCGCCUCGCCUGUACACCACUUGUCAUCCUCAUCACCAGCGGCAGCUUCACCAUCUCCCGAUGCGCUGGCGGCGCCGCCUCCGCCGCCGCGACGACGCAGUAACCCGAGCGACGUCGUCCUGCACGCUCCCUUACGCUUCUCUUAA